AUGGGAAAAAUACAGGAUGUUAAGUUGACAGUGCCUACUGUAAAUGUCCAUGGUGGUGCUUUAGAUGCUGAUUUAAAUCUCACUGAACAAAAAGGAGUAAAAGGGAUCAUUGAAAUACCAGGCUUUAAUGUAAGGGGACAAAAGGGAGAGACUGCAAGUGGGUUAGACAUGAAGCCAGAUGCAUCAUUAUCUGGUGUGAUGGAGUACCAAGAUGUUAAUGUAACCUUUCCCAAAAUCAAAGUACCAAAGUUUGGUGUUGCAUUGCCUAAAGUAGGUGGAGGAGAGAUGGGAGUUGAUGUAGGUUCAUGUGAAUUGGCUGCUGGUUCUAAAGUUACUUCCCAAAGUCUGGAAAUUGAGAACACUGAUAUGAAAAGCAGUGGUGGAAAAGUGAAAGUCAAAAUGCCAAAAUUAUUUGUCAAAUCUAAAUCUAAAGGUGGCAGUGCAGCUGAUCUUAUUGUUGAGGGAGAAGGUGUUGAUGUUACAAGUAAAGGUGGUGCAAAGGUGUCUAAGGAGUUGAGCCUUAGUUCCGGGGAAUUGACAAGUGGCAAGUUGACAGUAGAGGGAAGCUCUGGGUUUAAAGUUUCACCAAAGAGUAAAUCUGCCUCCCUUGACCUCUUCAAAAAAACACAUCACUCAUCCUCUGUAAGUGAUGAGGGAGGUUUAGCUUCCCCUGUUUCUGCUGAAGGCCACUUACAGGCAGAGGGUGGCAACGUUUCAGUUGAUGUUGGAGAAAAGGUUAAAGGCAAAAAAGGAAAGUUGAAGUUUGCUACAAUUGGAGGUUUUAGCUCAAAAAGUAAAGGUUCAUAUGAAGUGACAGAUGAAAGUGAGGUUAGGAUUGAGGGUGCUGGUGGAGUUGCUCAGUCUUCAAAGAAGUCCAGAAUGUCAUCAUCAUCUAGCAGUGAUAGUGGUUCAAAAAGCAGUUUUCGGCUACCACAUCUUGAAAUAGCGGUUUCGCCAAAGAAAUAGUUUUCACGCUAUUAUCUAUACACAGUACAUUCACAUACACACUUUUUUCAGUCUAGAUGACUGUGUAAAUCUGUCUUUCAUUUAAGCAAUGGUGCACUGCCAUAUUGACUG